CACAGCAGCCUCUCAUUCUGCCAGGAUGUUCAAAAUCAGCACGUUUGUACAAAAGACCUGGAUUCUCUUGCAAGUAUGCUUGUGCACCGCUCUAGGCAAACUUUGUAUGUUCUUCUUCCCAGCUACUGUAAAGAGCUAUAUAAUGAAACAAGGGGAAAAGAGCAGCAUGGGGAUGAAUCCCAAAUUCACCUAUGAGAACUGGGGGCCGACUUUCUUUAGCUUCCCAUACCUGUUCUUUGUACUGAAAGUCAAAUGGAAAAGAUUGGAAGAUGAAGCAUUUCAAGGCUGCCCUGCUCCCAACACCCCUGUGAUAGACCUUGGAGGGGAAGUUCGUCACAUCUUGGAUUUCAUGCAAGAUAACAGGCCUUUGGUCCUGACAUUUGGAAGCUGCACCUGACCUUCAUUUAUGUUCAAAUUUGGCGAGUUCAAGAAGCUUGUCGAAGAUUUCAUAUUUGGAGCAGAUUUCCUUGUGAUCUACAUUGAAGAAGCCCAUGCCUCAGAUGCAUGGGCUUUUAAAAACAAUAUUCCUAUUAAAAGUCACCAAACCCUCCAAGAUCGUAUACAAGCUGCACAGGUCCUGCUGAAAGAGCGCCCCUUAUGCCCAGUGGUUUUAGAUACAAUGGAAAACUUGAGUAGUUCUAAAUAUGCAGCUCUGCCGGAAAGACUUUAUGUACUUCAAAGCGGAAAGGUUGUCUAUAAGGGUGGAGUGGGACCUUGGAAUUAUAGCCCACAAGAAGUACGUGAAGUUUUGGAACAAUUACUCUAAAUGUGUAAAACAAACCUACUAGUGGCCCCCUAAGUG